ACAGCGGCUGCGGUAAUUCGACAACCAUGUUAAGAGAACUUAUAACGUGGGCCUUGAAUACCUAUCUGGGGAAAUACUUGGAAAACUUGAAUUCGGUACAAUUAUCUGUUGCACUUUUGUCAGGCGAAGUUGAGCUUGAGAACAUCCCGAUACGGAAAGAUGCACUACGAGCGCUCAACUUACCGGUGGAGGUGGCAGGUGGCAGUAUACGAAAAAUCAAACUCCAAGUACCCGUCCGCCAAUUCCGAACCUCCCCGUGGUGCAUAUCGGUGGAGGGGCUCUUCUGUAUAAUUUGCCCAAAGAAUCUUGAAAGCUGGGACUAUGCCAAAGAGAAACUUCAGGAUCUGCAAUACAAGCUAGCGGUCUUGGACAACGCUGAGGCGGGCUGGCGUUCCGAAAAGGGAAUGCAAAUGGAAUCCUAUUACUUUUCCUCCUACAACAACUGGCUCAAAUAUGGCACGAAUAUGGCAACCAAUAUUAUAGAUAAUAUUGAGCUGAAGAUAUUUGAUGUCCACUUCCGGUACGAAGACAGUGUUGAUGUGGGAAAAACCAAAAUCGCCACCGGCAUCAAAAUCGCAUCGUUAACAGCCCAGACCUGCGAUUCGAAUUGGACGAGUGGCUCCUUCAAAGCUGCCAACAACGAAAUGAACUACAAAUUAGUAGAGCUAAAGGAGCUAUCCGUGUACUGGGAUAUUCUGCAUGAAGACAUACGGUGCCAAUCGUUCACCAAUCAGGAUGUUCUCAGCAAAUUGCAUUCAACUUGCGAGCUGCGGCCCCACAACUUUAUCAUUAAGCCAAUUUGCGCAACUGCUCGAUGGAAACGGGAAAAGUGCCUACAGGUUAUUCGCACAAAAGACAAACCCAGAGUCUCGUGUGAGAUAAUAGUUCCUGAAGUAAUUAUAGAUAUAUCUAAGGACCAGCGUCUACAAAUGCUGGACAAGCUUGCAGGAAUACGUAAAAUUAAGGAAAUCAGACAGUACAGACUGAAGAGGCCGAGUUGUAGUGUUGCAGACGAUUCGAAGUUGUGGUGGAAAUAUGCCCUAGUUUGUCAUGGCUUCGUAUUCAAAAAGAGAGAGGAAAACUUUGCCAUUAUGAGGGAGAAUCUGCGUUACAUACGCCUCCAUGAAUUGAUUAUAGUAAAUCCAAAUGAGAUUCUGUCCGACGCAGACAAAGAGUUUAAAACGUACAUCGAAACCGACAGAAACGUCUCGGAUUUAAGUGUUUUGAGACGCAUAUGCUUUGACAAAGUCUUUAGCAAAGGUCUGUCGUUUAAGUCGCACAAUGUGAAGGGAAAGAAUAUGUUAUUUCUUUGGUUUCCGAACUGGAUGGGCUGGUACAGCAACUCAACGAGUACUGCAAAUAAUGAGCAGGAUGAAUCCAUAAAACAUUUGGAAGAUGAUAUUUUGGUCGCCCUAGAAGACUCGCUGCAAAGUUCCUCCGAUUUGAAGUGUGAUGCUGUCCUUGGACACUUUGAAAUUAAGCUACUCAAAGGCCUGCUAAUCAUACAGUCCGAUGAGACGAAUGUCAAGAGCCGAAAAUCCAUGGAAAUGCAAUUCAAUAAUUUCUCGGCAUUUCUUCAGCUCAGUCCGCUGCUGACUUCCUACACGGUGGGAGUAUCAUUAGAAGAAGUUUAUUUAUUAGAUAAAACCAACAGCAAUACCAAACACAAAUUCUUAAUUAAGCCACAGACGGAGAACCCCUCAACGCUGAAUAAUACUCUGGAAAAGGAUGUCCUAUUUCAACUGCGAUACGAAAAUGCAAAUCAGUUGAGAUUUCAACUUUAUAUUAAAUCAAAAGGCUUGGAUCUUACGUAUAAUAAGGAUGCAAUUAAUUGGAUUCUGGACUUUAUAACCGAUUCAAAUCAAGAAAAUGCUUCAACAAUAGUCACGAACCGAUUUGGAAAGAGAAGGAAGAACUUUUUGAAAAACUGGAAUCAAUUAUUUAUUGGAAACGAGGUUAAUCGCAAGACCUGGAUGUUUGAGAUUGAGAUAUUUGCACCACGCAUAAUAUUUCUCGAAAACUACAAAGUCGGCAACUCGCUGAUGGUUCUGCUGGACUUUGGAAAGUUUGAAAUGAGAAAAAAUGAGGCGAAGAAAUUCUUGCCUUUGACGGCACCAGAUGAUCCAUCUGCAGAUAAUCAUCCUCAAAUCGAUGAGGAUGAAACUUAUAUGACGCCAUGCUCUACGCCGCCUGCAUCACAAAAAAGUGGCUCAGAGUCACCAACAAUCCUUGAGAAUGCACAGCAUUUGCUCAAUAAAAAAAUAGAGCUGGAAUAUGUCUUGCACAAUAAGAUCUAUGACAAAUACUCGAUCAACUUUUCAAAUCUACAAGUACUGGUGUGCAAGUACGAGGAAAGGUGGCAGGCUUGCUUGAAAACAUCCUCGAACUUCCACCUGAUUGAUAAAUUUGAUAUAACCCUUUCGCUGGAGCAGCGCAAUAUAUUCACUGUGGAUCCCGACUAUCCGUCAUUUACGCUAUUCGGCACCUGUCCCACAAUCCUGAUACACGGAAAUGAAGUACUCAUCAAUAACUUUUUUAGCAUAAUGAAUCCCACUAUAGAUACCCUCAAAGAUGUGCGCAAAGUAUAUAAAGGCCGCAACCAAACGUACGCCAGUGAGCAACGGGUCAACGAUAUUGCCAGCAGUGAAGACAACAGUCGAGUCAUUGUUGAGUUUGCCAUUGGUCAGCUGGUGAUAGAGAUGCAGGCAAAGGAAAAAAGCAUAGCUGAACUACAGAUUAUCGGCGCACGUGCGGGCAUCAUCAAGGAGUCCAAUGAAACCAAUAUAACAAUGUCCGUGCAUGGGCUACUUUUGGUAGAUGCCAUACAGUCCUUUGGGCCUGACUUUGAGUUAUUAGUGGCCAGUCAUCGACAUGUGGGAAUGGAUAGUUUUUCUGGCAGCCUAAAGCAUAGUCCAAUUGCUUCACCGAUUACUCCUGCAUCGCCGUUACCUUUCACCAGAAUUUAAAGUACAUACAUAUUUCAUUCUAAUCUUGUUUUGGCAGAUCCGAUUGCUGCUUUCUGCGAAGAUGCGGAAUCUGCUUUAAUUUCUGUGAAGGUAAAAAUCGUUGCGCCCACCGCUAGCAAUUCAACACACCUUCACUCCACAGACAUAAAAUUCAACAAUUUGGAUAUAAUAGCCAAUCAGGACACCAUUCUUGAGAUUUUAAACUUUGCAAACAGAACAAUUUUAAGUCAAGGUACGAGUACGCUGCAAAACGAGAGUUGUGGAAUCAAGGAAGAAGCCUCUGAAGAACCAAGCGAUUUGGAUGAUCCCGAUGAUGCCAGUCAGCAAAACCAUAACGAAAUAUUCUUCGACUUCUUUCGACUGAAUAUUUUAUUGUUAUAUAAAAUAAAUCACGAGGGUCGCAAAGUAGGGACUCUCACCUUGACUGAAGCCAAAAUAAAUGCUUCAUUUCAGUCGGAGCUAUCCGUAUUUGGAUCCCUGGGAGGUAUACAGAUCAUCGACAUAACCCCAGAGUCUUUUUUCCUCCCAAGGAUUCUAUCCGUUGGGCGGGAUCAAAUAUUAAGAACCUCGGACUUGAACCGACAAACAGUCCUCAAAAGACUGUCACAUGAAAUAUAUUCGAAAAAUCUGGAGGACGUGCAUGAAUGUGACGCUGAUUCCAAGUGCGAUGAAAUCGAUGCGUUCAGUUUUAAAAGUCACUGGAGUGAUAAAACCACAUGCAGUGUUCAAAUGCGAAUGGCUUCGGUUUCCUACACCCAUUGUCCACGAUUUUUGCAAGAUGUAAACGCAUGCGUCACAUAUUUCAAACGAAGUUUGCGAGAGUUUUUUACCUCUAUAGGCAAUAAGGCAACCGAUAUGGCAAUGGAAUUUGUGCAACAAAUCCGUGCAACGGAUGUCAAUGAUCAGACACGACCAGUUAAUCCCCAGAAGAAUCGUCAUGACAACCGACUGGACAUCAUUAUCAACAGUCCAAUUAUUCUAUUGCCGAUUUCGAGUACAAGCACGCACGUUUUGAUUGCCAAUUUGGGAAAGAUGACCUGUUCCAAUAUGAUUGUAAAUGACUCUAAUGAGUUUGAUGAAUCCUAUACUAUAGCGAUCAAAAACAUAUACGUAUACUCGAUGACCAUUGACGAACGUGAAAACUGCUUCAAUGUGCAUCCGUCUAAGAAUAAGGAUGCCAUUCCCAUAUUGCACGAUACUGCUAUUACAUUGCAGCUCUCGGUCGGCUAUAGCGAAGGGAACGGCAAUGGUGAGGAACGAAAACUUGAUACGGUUUCAAUUGAAGGCAGCAUGGUUGAAACGCUUAAGGUAUCCCUCAAUCGGAAGCGAUAUGAGCUACUUAAUGAGUCCAUUCAAUAUGCUACGAAUUUUUCAAACGGCAAAGCAAUUGAAUCCGCACACCCCGAUCCCAGUGGAGUUAGCAUACCAGAUUCGGAUAUAACUGACGAACAUACCAUCUGCACCAUUAUACAGUUUUCUGUGCCUGUUUUCCAAAUCAACUUACAAAACCAGCACCAUGAUGACUUGAUAAAUAUUACCUUCAAGGACUUCAAUGUUAAACAUCGUGUUAAAGGCUAUGACAAGGAUAUAGAAAUAAUAUUAAAGUCGGUGUUGAUGGAAGAUCUGAAAUCGGAUAACACAUCACCGUUCAGAAAUAUGGUGACUUCCGUCAAUCUUGAAAAGGGCCAAAAAAAGAAUGCAUCAACCUCAUCAUCGUGCCCGGACAUACCGACCCAUUGUAAUUAUCGGAAAUAUAGAUCUACCUCGGAGCCCUCAUGCUUCCAGGAGAAUAAUCCAUUUCAAAACUUCGAUGGAGCCCAGAAAUCGGAGUUUUCCAAGAAAAACGAUAAAGGAAGCAAGAGAGGAGGUCAGACUUUAGUCACCUACAAUUCGCAUAGAGGACGCCCCUCCAAAGGCACCUCCGAGAUGGAUCAAUUCAGUUCAAUACAAUUUAAUUGCUUGAAUUUGGCCAUCUGCGUGGAGCGUUGGUACACCAUAUUUGACUUCUUCGGUCUGAUAGCCGCAGAGAACGAUAAUCAGAAAGUUACACAAGAAAAGAAGCUGGUUAAAAAAGACACAAACGAUUUCUUUAGUACAUUGAAGGUAUCAAUAAGAUCAUUCAACUUUACGUUGAUUCGAAAUGACUCGCUCUUAUCCAGAGUGAAUGUGUCAAACGCGCUAUUUAAGAUAAUUCAUGACCAAUUUGGUAAAUCUAUUGAGGGACACUUGGGAUCCUUGUCGGUGUUUGACCUUACACAGUAUGGAAACAUUUACAAGCAAAAGUUUGUCACCAGCGGAACAGAAGCAUUGAACUUCUUUUAUAGAAAAAAGCCAUGCGAUGUGGAAGUACUAAAGACGUUAAGCGUGGACUCGACCCUGAAAAUCGGCAUGUCGGCAGUACAUUAUAUACACACAAAGAGAUUCGCCACAGAGCUACAUUUAUUUGUUAAGGAUCUGCUGCAAUUGCAAACGCCUGUGAUCCGAAAACUAAAAAAACAUAAUGUGGAGAACGACCAAAGUCUACGGCCAACAAAAAUGAAACUUUUCAUUCAGGCGGACUCGCCAGUGAUCGUGCUACCGGCAUCGUAUAGCAACAAACAAGUAAUAAUUGCCAAUCUUGGGCAGCUUACGCUUACGAAUAGCUUUCAUUUGGCCAGCGAGGCAUGUAUCAUAAGUAAGAAGUUAAACUCUGUGAAAACCAACGAGCUCUUGGACGUGAUUCGCAUCGAUUUGGUCAACAUCAAUAUGUUCUCGGGAGAAAGAAGUUCAGUGAAACCAAAGGGCGAUCGUGAUAGGGAUCGAAUUAUCAUCGCCAAUAUGAAGUUUGUGCGGUUGGGGGAGGAAUUCUUUAAAGAAUCCUGCUACCUUAAUCUGCAGUUGGAGAGAAAUCUUUCAACAGAGAGGAUUCGAGUGUGCCCCGAUAUCAGUACGAAGGGGACCUUCUCUAAAGUAAAUGGCAUGAUAAACAUUGAGCAGUACAAGCUGAUUCGGAGCUUUCUGAAUAAUAAUAUUGGAGAGCAAAUAGACGACGUGUAUACCAAAUACACAAACAAUGUCUCCAGCUCCAUUGAAAUGCUAUCUUCGAUUAGUCUGGUGUCCAAGAGCGAAGUGUCGCAGACCAUUUUGAACUUGAUUUCAAUACAAAUCCUAUUGGAAGACGUUUCCAUAUUGCUGACUCUGAAUACGACACAAAAUACGCCCAUAGAGCCAUUGGCAUGCAUCCACUUUAUCAAGUCGACCCUGGAAAUAGAUUUGUUCAGCGAUGGUUCGCAAGAUAUUGACCUAAUAUCGACCAACAUACUGAUCGUUGACGAGCGAAACGGCUCGGGUGUAGGCAAUGAUAAUGUGUUUAGAAAUAUCUUGCAGCCUUCAAAGAAGGAUACUACUUGUACGACGCCUAGGAAUGCUGUCCAAGUGGAAAUCCACUGCAGGAAGAAUGCAAGUCUAUCAAAGUAUACAAUAAUGUUGAAUAAUAUGAGAGUUUUCGCUCUUAUGGAUAUUCUGGAACAACUUAAAGCAUAUCUGAUGGAAGAUUCACCCACUUCUUCUUCGUCAGAUACUAGUUUGUCCUAUCAAAUAGUGCAAAAGCCGCUCCCACAACCGAUUUCUGUCACAGAAUUCAUUGUAAAUAUUACAGACUCUGAGAUUAUAUUCACUGAAGACUGCAGUCGUCUGGACUCGGAGGCAAUCAUUUUAAAGAGUACCACAGUAAUUUCAUACAAGCCCAGUAGCUUCUCCGUUCCGAUAUCGUUGAAUAUCAAUCACUUGGAGAUCUUUUCCUGCACAUUGGAUGCCGAAGAUGACAGUGCUCUGUCCAUAAUUGACCCAUUCACAUUGAACAUAGAACUGCGAAGCAACUGCCUGAGCAUUCUCGUACAAAAACCUUUGAAUAUUCGGCUUUCCUAUGUCGACGUUAAACUAUUCUCGAGAAUGGCAAGGCUAUUGCCCACGCAAACAUCGAGAGUACAAAAGGUCGUAUCCUCAGACGAGUGCGAUCUGGAAAGAGUGGCGCCCCUCGUGGCGAUGGGAUUUGCGAUCAAUGACUGCCUGUAUGCCAUGCAAAUAAACAAUUGGAAGAUCAACGACGCCGCCCUGUGGCUAUCCCAACAGAAGCAAAACACCAAUCGAAACCCUGCGCUGGAACUGAAGGAGUUAAUGGUCGACGCGAACGUUAUAUCGGUGUUCAUAAUUGACGAUUGCAUGGAUGCGGACGUGCCUUUGCUCGAGGUAUCACUCUCCAAGGUGCUCUUCAACCUGAAUUUGAAGGCAAAGGAACAUCAGUCCAAAAUUCAACACUAUAUCCUGGCCAAUGUCGAGACCGAAGUCGCCCUCAACUAUUACAAUCGUCGCCUCAGCGGUUGGGAACCGGUGGCCGAAACAUGGGAGUGCAAUGCCACGUUUAAAUACACCAAAGGUCAGGUGGAGAAUAAGAAACGACUGGAGAUUGGGAUCUUCAGCAAGCAGUUGCUCAAGCUGAAUAUUACAUCAACAUUUAUAGAGCUAUUCAACAUGGUGCUGAAGAACUGGACAAACGAUUUCAAUGACAACGGAGCCAAGAACUUCCGACAACGCUCGCCGUUUAUUCCGUUUGCCCUGCAAAAUCUGACCGGAACUCCGCUGCUGUUCAAGCCCAUUUACGCACCACUUGGGGACAUGUCAUGUUCGGAUGUGCAUCAAUUGGAGAUUAUAAAGAACUGGCAUUCUGUCCCGCCCAACGAGACGAAAACGUUCGAUUUCAUCCAAAAGAGUAAACUGAGACACAUACACUCCCAUCAGCUGAAUUUGCACCAGAUAUUCGUACAGAUCCAUGGCUGGAGACUAAUUGGACCACUGUCAGUGGACAAAGUCGGUGUGUUCUUCCGGACAACAAACUUUGAUUCCCUUGACUUGGCCACAAAAUGCCGAAUAAUCUUCGAUAUUUCAUUGAUUGGAUCUGCACAGAAGCUGAUUAAAGUGAAAUCAUCAUUGUGGCUGUCAAACAAACUAGAUCGAAGUAUCUUUUUGAAGACGACGCUGAGGAGUGACUUCGGCGAUGGCCUAUCCGCCAUAAGUAUUAUAAAACCCAACGAUGAGCUGUCUCUGCCGCUCAAAUUUAUCGAUGCGUCUAUAUAUAUUGCGCAUUGUUCGAGUGAGAAUGAGGAGCUGUCUGGAAAUUAUACUGACGACAUAGGCUUCAGCAAUAAGGAGAUUUUAUGGAAAAUUUGCGGCACCGAUAGCAUACAGGAGCUGCUAGUGUGCUAUGACAAGAAUAGGAGCUUAUUAUAUACCCUAAUCAGUAUAAAUAGAGAAAUAUUUCACUGCAAAGAGCCAGGUUUGCCUGGGCACAGAAUCGCUCUGUUACCUCCUUUGAAAAUAAACAAUAUGCUUUGUUGCGAUCUAAUGUUUAAGAUACACGACAGUGCCACCGGCAGAAUCAGUGCAUCCGAGAGUAUGUAUAUCUAUAACGUCAAUAUAUACGAGCCCUUUAACCUGAGCAUUACCUUGGACAAUUUUCAACUGUCGGGACAUGUGAAAGUCCCCAGCAGACACGUCGGAAUUGUUGAGCCAAAAUUAAAGCUGAUCGACAUCAAAAAGCGGGAACUCCACUUACGCAUAUCUAUUCAAUGUUUCCAAGGCAAGGGCAUGGAGGUGUACAUAAGUGCUCCGGUUUGGAUCAUUAACAAGACUGGGCUGCCGCUCAUUUACAGGCAGGACGGCAGCAACAGCACGGCGGCCGGGCAAUUCGAUGAGCACGAAACAGCCCGACAGGUCGCACCGCUAAUGUUUUCGUUUUCGGAUCAAGAGGCAUCGCCUGCCCUUGAAGUACGAUUGGGUGGUGCCUUCGGAGCCAGCAAUUUGUGGUGCAAAAGCUUUAGCAUGCACAAGGACCUCAGUCACAGGGAAUUGCGAGCUGAAAAUACCAAGGGUAGCUAUGCAAUCGGCAUAAGCGUACGACGUGGAAGAGGACUAUAUGCCUGCACGACUUUCCUAACUUUAUCGCCCAGAUUCCAUCUUCACAACCGAAGUGGCUACAUACUGGAAUUUAUACAACGCUGCGAUAUUGAUCAGCCCAGCUCAAGUAAUAUUAUUUCAGCUCCAAUCGAUUGCAAUUUCGCCUUUCAUUGGCCAAAUUGGGAUCAGGAGCAGUAUAUUUGUGUACGCAUACCGGAUGUAGAGUGCUGCUGCUGGUCCAAAGGUAUACCCAUCAAUGAGGUACAAAGUCUGUACAUAAAUGUACGAAAUGAUUGGAGUGAAAUGUUUUUCCUGCGGUUGGAAGUCAUUUCGAAAGAUGCCACGUAUAUUCUUUUGUUCACGGACGCUCGAACAUUACCCCCGCCGAUACGCAUUGAUAAUUGCUCGGAAGUUGCGAUUAAUUUCUCACAAACGGGCACCAGACCAUCUUGGAUUACGCCCGUUCGUGCCCAAUCCUCACUAGCCUAUGUAAUGGAUGACCCGUCAGGCACACAAACGUUGCUGUUGGAAGCGCCUGGAGGAAAUAUGGUUGAGUUUCCAAUCAACAAGACGAAUAUCAAAAGAAGCUUGACGUACUCAAACUUUAUAUACAUCGCCUUUCACGACACCUUCGACCAAUUAAGCAAUCAGGAGAGGAAACCCGAUCAAAACUAUCAGCAACUAGUCUUGGGUGUUAGAGGGAAAAAAGUUAUCAUAAUGGAGAAGAAUUCCGGUGAUCGUUCCCAGCUGUGGCUCAUGAACUCCAACGGUCAAUUGGAGCACGAAGGAUCCACGCCCCCAAUCCAAUCCAAUGAGGCGCAUGCUGUCCGCCUGGUACUAGACCUGGACAGGGCUCCCAAUCCCACAGAGUUUACCACUUUGGUGGUUCGAACACCAAAUAAGCAGAGAAUCACCACACAGACAUGGAGGUUCGAAAGCGGUCGAUUGAUGUGUCAUGCCAACAUGUGCGUUCAGUCACGCUGGAGUGCCAAUGGUCUGCAGCCCAACUCUGAAGCGGUACUGGGGCGCAUCGAAAAUACUAGUGGCAAAGGAAACAAUGGAAGCAUUCCAAUGAGUCAACAUAUUGUGGCACAAAAGCUACGACCAGGAUCGGGUCAAUUGGAGCUGUCAAUGAAGAUGGAUGGUCCCAUAUGCACCAUCGAGAUAUGCGAUAUAAAAACUAAACAAAAUACAGUAUACUUAGCUCCUGAUUUGAUAUGGAUGCAUGCCUCUCUGAAUAAUAGACAAAUGGCUAAUGAAGGGAAGGAAUCACCGUUGCAUGAGUAUCUGAUAAAUGUUGAACUUCUGAAGGGCAUCGGUAUUUCAAUAAUAUCACGGAAACCCUGUGAAGAGCUUAUGUUUAUAAGCCUGGAGCUCAUACACUGUGAUUUAGAGCAAAGCGUCUUUGAGAACUCAUUGGACUUGACCAUUUCGUCUAUACAAAUCGACAAUCAGCUAUUGGAUGCGGCCACCCCAGUGGCCCUACAUACUAAUUGUUCCACUGAACAGGAUGAGCAAAAUAACGCUGUGGUUCUGAAACUGAAAAUGUUGCCCUGCCCGAAUAAGAACGCUAUCAUCUUCAAGUACCUCACACUGGACUUAAAAUCGUCGAUUGCUGCGAACCUGGAAGAGAAGCUUAUACUUAAGGUUGCUUCCUUUCUCGGCUACGGCAAAUCCAACAGGCAAAGCUUAAGCGUUGCUUACGAUUUCGAGAACUUUGAGGAGAAACUCAUACUCAAAAAUAUGAAAAGAUACUACUUUGAAAACUUAAAUAUUGGCUCAACUCAGGUGCGACUAUCGGCGAGUACUUCUUCCAAGCUGCCCAUCGAGCUAUCAGAAACCAAAAAGGUACUAGGACUUACGCUCAUUAAGUUCGAAGACGCGCAAAUAGAGCUCGACAGCUAUUCGGAUAAAUUUCACUUUGAGACAUUGAACGUGUAUCUGAAGGGAAUGAAAAGGCACUACAUAAACCAAGUCAAGUGGCACGCAGCUUCGAUAUUGGGUAGUGUGGACUUUCUAGGAAACCCCUUGGGAUUCGCCAACGAUCUCUCCGAAGGUGUCUCUGGACUCAUUUUCGAAGGCUCGGUCACUAGUCUAGUCAAGAAUGUAGCCCAUGGCUUAUCGAAUUCAACAGCAAAGCUCACAGAAACAUUAUCUGAUAGUCUGGGAAAAGUGGUUCUCGAUGAACAUGAUAAUGAAACUAGACUUCGAAUCUUGGAACCACAGACAAACACUUCUGGCGGCCACCUGGCAGCAGGUUUGAAGGGAUUCGGAUUUGGUUUACUUGGAGGAGUAACCAGUAUUGUUCGACACACCUACGAUGGUGCCCAAUCGGAUGGCGUUCCUGGCUUUCUCAGUGGCCUUGGCAAAGGCUUAGUGGGCACAGUCACAAAGCCAAUUAUCGGAGUGCUUGACUUGGCCUCAGAAACAGCAAGUGCUGUGCGGGAAACCAGCCGGGGUACAGCCAGAAUUUCUCCGGACAGAAAGCGGCUACCCAGGUGCGUGACUGGUGCCACUGGCGGACUUCUGCCAUUGUACUCGAAUCGUCAGAGUAAGGGACAGCAGCUUCUAUACCUUAUCAAUCGUAGGAACUUUGACGAAAAAAUAAUAGCGUAUGACCCGAAUCUAUGGAGCGAUAAAGAGGCGAGAUUGCGUUUGCUUGUUUCUACAGAAUUUGUUCGGAUAUUCUCAUUUACUGAUGGAAAUCCAACCAUUAUGCUUCAGUCGCAUCUAAGCGAAAUACUCUCAUGCCAUCCCUUGACAACCAAUAUGGGCACAAGCCCAUCGACAAGCAGGCAAUCGUCUAGCCAUUACAUUGAAAUAUCAACCAACCUUCCAAAGAUUACGCGACCAAGGAUACGAUGUCGAUCGGAGGAAUGUGCUGAAGCUGCAUCCAGAUGCAUAAACUACGCAAAGAGUGUGUUUCACGAACAUGAACAUGCCGUCUUGUAAAAAGCAAUAAGCCUUUUCGUGAUAAUACAAGUUAGAACUUAAGAGUGUAUAUAAUAUAUUUACGGGUGCAAGAAUCGUUGUACAUUAAAGUUAUGAUUUUAAUUUUGUAAUCGGUUUACUUGAUAUUGGAAAAGUACAAUGUGAUAGAAGAGAUAAGAAAAACAGAUCAUUACUUGUUGAAAUAAAUGAGAAAAUAAUAAAACAGAGAGCUUUAAAAUGAUCCAAGUUGAUCCUGUGGUGUGGGUCUCAACCACUGACCCAAACUGUACUGUUUCGAAAAAUAAUACAUAAAAGGUGCGAAUAGAUGCGUAGAAUGAAGCUCAUUUAAAUUUAAUAAGAAACUCUCUUUGGCUGUU